AUGAAAGCAGUGGAGAGGAGAGUAGGAGUGAUUAAAGGAGAGGAGGAAGAAGAGAUGGAUGAAGAGAGCAAGGGAAACUGUCAGAGAGUCAUGUUUGUGAACAAAUGGGUACAGGAGGCCCAUGGUAGGGAUUACAGUAACCCCAGGCCUGUCCUCAUAGGUGAGCUCCCCACUGAGCCAUCUAGGUCUUGCUGUUUGGCUUUUGGGUUCUUGGUGCUGAAAACAGAAGAGUCGGACAGUACAGAUAUUCACAGUGUUGGAGUGCGGCCCUCUCUGUGCUGCAGUGGAGGGCUUCACAGACACAGCUCGUCUAGCUGGAUGCAUCACGCAGUAGAGCAGUUUGGCGGGCGUGGCACACGGGAUUCCUUCCCUCUGGAUGGACUCAACCGGGGACCAUGGGCUCCCGUGGGCGGCCGCGCCUGGCAGCCACCUGCCAGGUGUUCGCCUGGAAUCAGCCAACACCAGCUUCUUCCCCAUCUACCUCCUGGUCCUAUGGGCGGACUGAGCCAUCCCAGUAAAUUCUUUAGUAAUGGGGCCAUGCGAGGAGGUGAGAAGCUUGACCUCCCACAGCCAAUGUUACCAGGCCUGCAAAGGGAGCAGCAGAGACCUCAUCAUCUUCUUCACCCUCACCCUCACCCUCAUCCUCAUCCUCCACCUCCCCACAGAACAUGGGAGCAACUAGGCCAGCUGUAUGAAUCCCACCUCCCCCCUCAAGGACAUGCCGUUGUGCCCCUAGCCAGUGAGCACUCACUCCGUCUCCAUAGUGGAGGCUAUGCAGGCAAUGGCAGACCUCCCCCCAACCCACAUCUCCCCCCCAGCAGGCCCAACCAUCUGCUCAAGUUUGGGGGUCCUCAGGAGCAGCAUGUUCCCCGGGGUCCACCAUUACUGGGAGAUGAGAUGUGGGCUCAGGUGCACCAGCAGAGGGGAUACCCAGGGAAGAUGCUAGGGAGUCAACUGAAGAGGCCAGGCCCUCCACUGGGAGAACACUCUGUUAUCCAGCACACUCCUCUGCCAUCCCAGCACCCAUCCUCGCGCCUUCCCACUGCCGAGGACUGUCCCAGUCCCAGCAAGAGGAAGAGGAGUUCAGAUCAGGAAACCAACAAACGAGAAAUGGGCAGCUACACCCGAAGGUUCUCUCCUGCCGCUUCCUCCCCUUCAACCCUCUCCCCUACAUCAACCUCAUCACCGGGAAGCUACAAACAGGGCUGUGCUCCUCAGCUACAGAAAGACACAUUCCAACCUCAAGCUGUAAACCAUCAAUCCCCUCACUCCUCAUACCCCAGCUCUAAAGUGAGGCUAGCCCCACCCUGCCAGGCCAUGGAGCCUCAUGGUCCUCACAACCAGAGAGGCCCUCUCAUUGGGGGCCAAGGUGGCAGCCAAGCUACCUCUCACACGGCAUCUACUCCAACAAGGGGGGACAGAGAUCGACCCCUACAUGCUCAGUCAUCACCAGCAAACCCUCCUGCAACCAGCAACAGCAGCAGCAGUGUGCCUUACAGCCACUUCCAGCCUCAUCCAGGGCUGGGGCACCAGGGUCCCCCCCAUCCUCCUCCUCCUCUUGCCAGCAGCAGCAUCACCUCAGUACCUCAGCAACAGCAAAAUGGGCCCCGUGAGGCCUGGAGAUACCAGAGCAAGCCCAGCAGUCACUCCCUGGAGUCAGGCACCUACAGGCCUCCAGGACUGCUACCUCAGCACCAGCAGAGCCACAAUCAGAUGGUGGAUAGUCGGGUUCCCUCCCAGCAGCACCAUCGUGUCAGCCCUCCACUGCCCCCAUCCAGCUCCACCCGAACACCUGUCAUUACCCCAAAUGUUCCCAUAUCCCAUGGCUCCUUCUCUGUCACCAGCUACAGCAACAGCAGUCAUGGCAUAAUCAUGGCUGGUGUCCCCACAGCCACCACAUCGCCUCCUGCUGGCUACUCUGUGAACAGUGAGGGCAGAAACAACUGGCAAAGAAAACGAGAUUCAGUACCCCAAACAUCCACCACCGGUGGCAGUAGCCCCACCCCUCAGCUGGAUGCUGGGCUGCAGCCAGGUUGUGAGAGAGGUCAAGGUCCCACUGCAAACCAGCCUCACCAACAGGGGCCAGCCAGACCACAGCCCAGCAAAUCCCAGCCCAUGAAGGGGAAGACAUCAUACUAUGCUCAAGCUGAACUAGAGCAGCCUCCUACAUUUUCCUCAUCUUCUUUGUUCUCAGGGCUCCAGAGGGCAGGUGGCAGAGUAAUUACAAACAGAGUUUCAGAUCCACUUCUUCACCCACCUUCUCAUUCCACUGUCAACUCUGCCCCUCAGCCGUCCAGUCCUCAUAAGCCAGACACUGCGUCAACACAGGCGCAUUCUCAGUCCAAGCUCCAUCUUGCAACUUCUGUCCCCCAGUCCAUUGAAGAGGCACUAGACAAGCUUGAUGCUGAGCUAGAAGGACACAUGCAAGCUGAGGAAAGGAGGAAAAGGGAUAGAGAGGAGCAAGAGAGAAAAAUAAGAGAUGAGGAGAGACUAAAGAAAGAAUGGGAGAUGAGACAAAAGCAGGAUGAGGAGAGGAAGAGGAAAGAGUCCACCACCCCCCAGUUCCCAGGCUUCACCCCCUUACCCCUGGCUAAGCCGCGGUGGCAUACUCCCCUGUCCAGCAGCCAGUAUACCCCAGCAAGCCUCCGACAAUGCAAGCUGCACCCAACCAAUCCAAAGACUCAGCUAUAUCAGGCUUUUCCCAGGGAAGACCCACCACCACCACCUUUAUCUUCUGCAUCAAGCACCACAGGGGGAAUUUUCAAUAAGCAACCAAUAGGAAGUGGUUUGGAAAAAGCCAGCAGCUGUGGCACUGACUCUGACAGUGCACAGUUUGAGGAGGAGCCCUCUGAGCUGUCCACAUUGCUCCCUGAUGGUCUGGCUAACAUUAUGGCCAUGCUGGAUGAGUCUAUCAAAAAAGAAGAGGAGAUGUAUAACAGUGAGAAGUGUGGGUCCACAGGUCUCCUUGACAACUUUUCUCCUGUCCAGCCUAUCAAGAGCUACCUGUGCGCCCCAGAUCUCAUUCCAGCAACAAAGCAUCAGCCCAACCAGGAAGAUUUAGGUUCUAAUCUCCAUGCAAGCCCUCCUGUGCUCAGUCGCCAAGGCUCUCUGGCAUCCCCAUGCAGCCGUACAUCUUCUCUGAACGAGGAGGAUGAGGAUUACCUUAAACCUUCUCCAAAUGUUCCUAAACGGUCCAUGGACAUGACAAUGGGAGUAGCAAACACCAAUUACCGCCACAGUGACCUGGCCAAACUUUAUGGCCUCCCUGAACAGAGUAAAAGUGAGGCUGAUGAGGACGAUGAUGAAGAGGAUUCUGAGACCCCAUCUUGUUCUCCACCGCCCCAAAGACCUCACCUCCACCAAACAGGUGUAAACAGCAUGUUCAAGUCCUUGGCGACCGUCCUAGAGAGCCAAAAGUAUGCGUACCGAGGUGGGCCUUUUGGGAGACCCCCUCCAUCAGCACUGGUUGGGGUCAAAUAUUCUUCUUCACUGUCGCUGGGCCCUGAUAUCUGCCGCCAGCAACAAAGUGAUUCUCCAACAUCAGAUUCGGUCAAUCCACCAUUCAGUCCAGCUGUCCCACCUCUAAAGUCCUCUCCUCCUCUUCUGCUCGAAGACAAGACACUGAAGAUAGAGGAUGCAGAUGACUGGAGGGAUGAUGAAGAAAUGAUGGACUCCAUCAAAAAGGAGAGCAUUCCUACCAUAAAGCCUAUUAAGGUGGUCAAGGAGGAGCAACAGUUGACGACCAUCUCAGAGUCAUCUCUGGCAGAGUUGGGCAAGAGCUGUGAGGUCAUGCUCAGUCGACAGUCACUUUCUAACAAGAACUCCCUUGAUAAACCCAGUGGUCAUGGCAAACUGGAGGACGGACACAAAUCUGAGAAAGUGAGGGAACACAGAGAUAAAGACCGAAACAGGGAUAAAGAGAAGAAGAGAAAGCACGGCCACAGCCACAGUAGCAGCAGGAAGCAUGACGACAGGAAAGAAAAGAAGAGGCACAGAGAAAAGAGAGAGGAGAUGGCCUUUUCCUCUUCUUUAUCAUCUUCCACCCAUACCAGCUCUAGCCACAAGCGGCACAAGGACAGUAAGAUCCACAAGGAGAAGAAGAAUCGCAGAAUUCUUGGUGAUCUUAACCUCCAGGGCAAAGAGGGGUCUCAGAAAAAUUUGAGUCAUUAUGACACAGAUAAAAAGAAGCGCAAAGAAUCGUCAGGUGCUAGCUCCACCAAUGAAGGGAAUCCUGCAGAAUGGACCUCAAUGACUUCUGGAGAAAAAUCCACUGAUCAUAAAAAAGGCUCUGAAUCUGGUUCUUCAUUAGGUUCCACAGACUUUUUGAAACUGAAGGCGCUGUCAGACGGACCACCCAAGGAGCUGAAGAUUCGCCUGAUUAAAGUGGAGAGCGGGGACAGGGAGACCUUCAUUGCCUCUGAGGUGGAGGAGAAGAGAAUCCCACUGGAAGAAAUCAGCAUUAAGAACACUGCCAGUGAAAUCAUCAAGUCAUGCAAGGGGGCCAGAAUCAAAGGGAAAUUCAAAGAGUCUUACUUGCUCCCAGCCUUCUCUGUAAAGCCCAUCAUGAGCACCGAAGAACCCAUUCCUAGAGAGCAACUCAACCCUCCUACACCCAGUAUAUAUCUGGAGAGUAAAAGGGAUGCCUUCUCCCCUGUGCUGCUGCAGUUCUGUACAGACUCCAAAAAUCCUGUUACCGUCAUCAGAGGCCUGGCUGGAUCUCUACGACUCAACCUAGGGCUGUUUUCUACAAAGUCACUGGUAGAAGCCAAUGCAGAGCAGGCGGUGGAGGUGAGGACUCAGGUGCAGCAGCCCUCUGAUGAGAACUGGGACCCUAGUGGGACGGGUCAGACGUGGCCUUGUGAGAGCAGCCGCUCCCACACCACCAUCGCCAAAUAUGCCCAGUACCAAGCCUCCAGCUUCCAAGAGAGUCUGCAGGAGAACAAAGACAGCGAUGAGGAGGAGGAUGAAGAUGAUGAGAAGGAGAAGAAGCCAUCCAUCACUUCUGAUACUCCCAACAAGGACAGCUCUAAAGAAAGUAUCAGUGGCGAGCAGAAACCAGGAGGGAAGAUCAUUAAGUUUGGCACCAACAUUGACCUCUCAGAUCCCAAGAGGUGGAAGCCCCAGCUGCAAGAGCUGCAGAAGUUGCCAGCAUUUAUGCGUGUGGCAUCCAGUGGAAACAUGCUGAGCCAUGUGGGACAUACAAUCCUGGGCAUGAACACGGUCCAGCUCUACAUGAAAGUUCCAGGGAGUCGGACACCAGGUCACCAGGAGAACAACAACUUCUGCUCUGUGAACAUCAACAUUGGUCCUGGAGACUGUGAGUGGUUUUGUGUGCACGAUAACUACUGGCAGGCCAUCAGUGACUUCUGUGAAAAGCAUGGAGUGGACUAUCUGACAGGGUCCUGGUGGCCGGUGUUGGAGGACCUCUACAGCGCCAGCAUCCCUGUGUAUCGUUUCAUCCAGCGGCCUGGUGACUUGGUGUGGAUCAAUGCUGGAACUGUUCACUGGGUUCAGGCUGUGGGCUGGUGCAACAACAUUGCCUGGAAUGUUGGACCUCUCAAUGGUUACCAGUACCAGUUGGCCCUGGAAAGGUUUGAGUGGAACGAAGUAAAGAAGGUCAAGUCCAUCGUCCCUAUGAUUCAUGUAUCCUGGAACGUGGCUCGCACUGUCAAGAUCACUGACCCAGACACUUACAAGAUGAUAAAACACUGCCUGCUGCAGUCCAUGAAGCACAUCCAGAUCUUGCGGGACCAACUUGUGGCUGAAGGCAAGAAAAUUUCCUAUCAGAGUCGGGUCAAGGACGAGCCUGCCUACUACUGCAAUGAGUGUGACGUGGAGGUGUUCAAUUUGUUGUUUGUGACAUGUGAAAACAGCAGCAGGAAAAUGUAUGUAGUUCACUGUGAGGACUGUGCACGGCAGCGCAGCCCCAACUUGAACAACGUAGUGGUGCUGGAGCAGUACCGCAUUGAGGAGCUAAUGAACACAUACGACUCCUUCAGCCUGGCCUCCUCCUCCCGGUGACAGAGAUCCCCACAGUCGUCUCCUCAGCCAUAACCAAAACUCCUGCAAGCCAGGACAAAAUAGUUUCACUUUGGUUUUUAACUAUCCCUUUUAUCAUUUAAGAUAAUUUUUUGCUACUACUACUGCUAAUACUUGCCGAAAAGCCAGUUGAAUAAGUUUACUCAUCAUUACUGUUUACAAAAGAAAUACCAAGCCACCAAUACCAGUUUACUCUCAGAUGGUGCUUUCAACCAGAAACCUUGGCAACAAUAAUGUAGGUAAGAACCAGGGGCCGUUGGUGCUGUCAGUGGACAAACUCUAGUAGUUGAUGGUUUCAGUGGCGUGUUUGUCAGUACCAGAAUGAACUUUUCUGUUGUUGUCUUGAGUACUGAAAUUUGUACAUGCUGUCUGAAUUUUUUGUGGGGUGCCGUCUUUUUUUUAAAUAACUUUUUUUUUCUUUCCUUAAACUAGAUCAGCCUAGAUAUAUACCACAUUGGCCUUGUAUUUAGAAAAGAGAAAAUGAAAAUUACUAAGAGAUAAGAUAAAAUUUUUCUAAAGCAUUAAUAAUUUUAAAAAAUACAAUUGUUUGGAAUGCUUCGAAAUAUACGGGUUUUGACGACUGGUUGUUUUCGGGGAUUACAUUUUUGUUUUUCAGAUUUUUGUAUGUGCUGUAAAUCUUGUUUUUAUGAUUUUUUUUCAGAAAAAUGAU